ACCCCUGCUCCCAUCUGUCAAGAAAACUAAGCUUAGAGCCUCAGGAGACAAUUUUUGUGAAAAGUGUCAAAGAAGGAAGCCCUGCCUAUUAUGCUGGUCUAAAUAUAGGGGAUCGUGUUCUUGCUGUCAAUGGAAUAUCAGUUUCUGACAAGUCCUAUCAAGAUGUGAUUAGAACUAUUCUCCAAAGUGGUCAUACCCUGAGACUGCUUGUUGUCCCGAAAGAUGAUGAUAUUCUACAACUGGCCUAUGAACCCCAAGCAAGAGACUGCAAGUACACUAGUAGCUCCUCCUUAACAGACAGUAUCAGGCAGCCUGGUCUGAACAAGUCCAGCAAACACAGAUACAGUUCAAGUGACAUAGUCAAGGGAAGUGCUGGAGAGAGUUUUGAUUUUGGCUCUAGCAAUAGUCUGCGUGGUGCUUGCUGUGAGAUUCGUCACUCAUACCCGUUGAGCCAGUGGGGACAAGACGGUGCAGAACUCCGUGAUAUCCAGAAAACCAUAGGAAAACCCAUCGUCUCACAGCGUAAAUAUCAGUUUGAAUCCAAGCGUGAACAUACUCCACCUCCUGUCAAUGAUGGGAGCAGUCAGUAUAAGUCAGAGAUUGAAAAAAUUAGGACCCAGGCCAGAUUUUCCAGCAUUGCCAUGCGGAAAGCUAGUUUUGAGCAAUCGCCAGACAGAGACCCGCCUGGCUUUGGUGAUGAUGUUGCAGAACAUGUGCAGACACCGUCAGGAUACUCUAGUCCUAGCAUGGAAACUGUCAAACCCACAGAGAAGGUAAGGUUAUUUUCUGCUGACAAGUACAAUUCUGGAAGCUUGCCGCAACUAGAUGAAAGCUCUAAGACGAAUUUUAUAAACGGGAACAAAGAUAACACCUCCAUCAGGAUCUUUGUAUCAACAGACAAAAAUGGCGGCAUCAUGUCUUCGGCUCCUGUGUCUUCAAGACUGAACAUAAAUCAGUCUGCCGCAGUAGAAAAUGUGAGCAAAAGCACAGGAUUAGAGUCAUUCAAAGAUGGCCGCUUUGCUUCCACACCCAGCAUUAUGGGUAGUAGCAGCAUCAGUAGUAGUGUUGGAGGGGGUGAUAGCAGUUCUUCCUCUGGUCUGGCUGAUUCUGGUGUGUGGGUGAAGAGUUAUCUCAGCAGUUCAGAACUGCUGGAUGAAACUGAUAAUGCCACUGAUCAGGAAGGGCCAGCUGUGAAGACACCAGAGUCUUCUGACAAGACUAACAACUCCACAGUCAGUGUUUCAACUCACCGAAAUUCACUGGAAGAUCAGACAAACAAACUCCAUCGAAGAACUUCAUACCUGAUGGCAACCGCCAGGGACCGCACCAAUGUAGUUCCUUUAGAGGAAACCUUCUCAGCUACACAGGAUGCAGCAAACCUCAAGCAACAGGGUCUUGGUGGAACAGCCAGACGUAACAGUGCAGUCAAGCUGAACAAGUUCUUUGGAGAAAUGAUCCCCAGCAUUGCUGAAGGGAAUGAAGCAAAACCAGUAGAUCAUGAAGAGUCACCUGAAAUCAUUCGGAAGGGACCAUUAUCCUGCAAGAUUUCAGCUAUUGAAGGAAAGAAGUGCAGUGAUCGUACCUGGAAGGCAGUGUACGCAAUCUUGCGCCCUACAGAGCUAUUUCUCACACGAGAUAAGGAGGCCGGAUCUGCAUCCGGAAACUUUGAGGACCAGCAUAUCCCUCUCAAGGCCUGCACUGUGGAGUUUGCUCGUGACUAUGCCAAGAAGAAGAAAAAUGUAUUUCGUUUGUGCACACAGAAUGAGUGUGACUACCUGUUUCAGACAGAAGACCGGGGGAUGAUGAUGUGUUGGAUUCAAGGCAUUAAGUCUGUCAGUGAAACGGAGAGAACCGAGAAAGUUAAAAAACAGAUCCCAUCUCCAAUAGAAAUCAACAUUAUUCCCAGCAGUAAAACAUCCCCACAGAUGGGCCAAAAGAGCAAGAAGUUGUCAGCUCUGUCCUUCAAGUCAAAACUGACGGCUUCUCCCAAUAUGAAAAGAAAGAAGUCAAACGCUACAGAGAAAGAUAAAGACGAGAGUUUCAAGAAGGGCUGGAAGGAUCGUAUUCCUAUGAUGAAGAGUCUGAAAAAACAUAGUGAAGAUUCGAGCCUUCUUCUUUCUGCAGACCAGGAUAUUGACACCAAUAAAUUUCAGUUUGGUGUGCCCUUAGAAGAUUGCUUUCCUUCACCUCACAAUGAAUUUGUUCCUCUGAUUGUGGAGUUGUGCACACGGAUAGUGGAGGCACGUGGCUUAGAGGUAGUGGGAGUUUACCGUGUACCAGGAAACUCAGCUGCAGUCACCGCUUUGACAGAGGAGUUUAAUCGGGGCAUUGACAGUGUCAACAUUGACAAUGAAAAAUUGCUGGACAUCAAUGUCAUCAGCAGCCUUCUGAAGUCUUUCUUUAGGAAACUGCCUGAACCACUUAUACCAACAGAUAUGUACGAAAGAUUCAUCGAAGCUAAUCGAUAUCCGGAUGAGGACAAGCGGAAAUUGAAGAUCAAGCGGCUUCUUCACCUGCUGCCUCCCCACCAUAAUGAAACUUUGAAGCGCAUGGCAGAACAUUUGAACAAAGUUGCUUCAUAUGGACACAUCAACAAGAUGGAUGCUAAGAACCUGGCUAUUAUGUUUGGUCCAACACUGGUGCGGAAGAAAGGAGAUGACACUGUGUCCCUUGUAACAGACAUGUCCGACCAGUGUCGCAUUGUGGAGAGUAUCAUUCUUCAUCAUGAUUGGUUCUUCAGCCCUUGGGAUCAGGAUAGUUACAUCCCCAUGGAGACAACAGUGGAGACUGUACCAGUGGAUUUAGGACAGAACUUGUCUAAAGAUGAUGAUG